AUGAAAGGUUUGGGGGCAGGACUGCAAGUGACAUCGUUGCUGCGGACUGGCUGGGCGACCACCAUCUCAUCUGCACCGACGGCCGCCCCGACUGUUCUCGAGUGCUUCCAGGUUGCACAGCCUGUCUUGACACCCCAUGGCGCCAUUUACUCGCCGUCCGUGUCUGAGGAGGAGGGCCCAUCUUCCAAGGAAUCCUGUACCGUUUUGCUGAUGGAGCACACAUUCGCGUGGAGUUACAACGACCCCUUCAUUGGGAACUACACCCCGCCUAGCUGUCAAUUCAACCGAGUAGUCAUGAACUUCACUGUGACGUCCCAAGGCAGACAAUUCGACCGCCUGGCCCUCAUGUACUUUGGUGACACAGAGGUCUGGCGCACCUCGACGGCCGAGCCCACGUCCCCGCCCGGCAUCCGCUGGGUUUAUCUGAAGGACAUGACCCACUACUUGUAUUUCUGGAAGUCGCCACAGAAGCUCAUCUUCGACCUGGGCAACCUGGUCGACGACAAGUACACGGGGUCCUUCAACACGACCCUGACGGCGACCUUCUUCACGAGCGACGUCGAGUCGGGCGCCGCGCCGCCGAGCGACCUGGUCAUCCCCAUAUCCAAGCGGCAGGGCGCCGCCAACGCCGUCAGCCAGUUCACGCUGCCCGAGGACGAGGCCACCAACACGGUGGCCGGGUUCCCGAGGAACGCCCGGCGCGCCGUCUUCUCCGUCUCGGCGUGCGGGCAGGCGAGCGAGGAGUUCUGGUGGAGCAACGUGCUGCAGAGCGACGUGUACGCCUUCAACGCCACGGCUGGGGAGUACCCGGGCCUCAGCCCCUUCCGCGAGGUACAGGUCCUGAUCGACGGGCAGGUUGCCGGCGUCCAGUGGCCGUUCCCCGUCAUCUUCACGGGCGGCGUCGUCCCGGGCUUGCACCGGCCCGUCGUGGGCCUUGACGCGUUCGACCUCCGCGAGCACGAGAUCGACAUCACCCCCUUCCUCCCGCUACUAUGUGACGGGGCCGAGCACACGUUCACCAUCCGAAUCGCAGGCCUAGACGACGACGGCGGCGGCGGCGGCGGCGGCGACAGCGACGAUUUCUCGGACGUGGUCGUCACCGAGACGGUCGGCGACAGCUGGUAUGUCACGGGCAAGAUCUUCGUCUGGCUCGACGACGACGAAGGGUCGAUCACCACGGGGGACGCGCCGACCGUCGAGGUGGGGCCGCCGGUCAUCACCCUCUCGCGCCACCUCGGCCAGACCUCAAACGGCACCAACGAGACACUGGCAUACACCACCGAGGUCAGGCGCACGCUGACCACUAGCGGCAGGGUGGUGACGCAGAGAUCGAGCGGCGCCGUCUCCUGGUCGCAGAAACUGUCGUACUCGAACAAGGCGUACAUCAGCAGCUUCGGCUACGACCAGCUUAACGAGUUGCUCGUCGAGGGCGCAGACCGGUCCUCCUCCUCGUCGUCGUCCUCGGCCACCGAUGACGGUGACGACGGCGCGGCAGAUGUGGUGCCCUACUACGGCGCCGACUACCGCUACCCGCUCUUCGCCAACACGACCACGGACGUCUCGGAGCAGGGGAACCUGACCCUGCGGGCCCACCUCGUCCAGGGCCUCAGGCUGCGCGUGCGCGGCGCCUCCGUCUUCCCCACGGGCCUCGAGGCCUUUGGCGGCGGCGGAGAUAGCACCCUGGAGACGAGCAAGGAGGGCACGGCCUCGUUCUUCCAGACCGGCGACGGGAAGAAUAGCUCGGGCUUCGGCGAUAGCGCCCAGGUGUUUCGCUUCUCCUCCGGGGUGGGCGGUGACGGUGACGGUGAUGACGUCGGCGAUCUGUUCUUCCGCCACGUAUCCGCCGUCAACGGAACCGUCGUCUACGACCGUGUGCGCAUCGAGGGGAGGGAUGCCGGCGGGGAUGUCGAGGGUGGGACGCCCGGGGAGGCGGGGCCGGCGAUGUUGUUUGCGCCGGCGCCGGCUGGCGGCGGGAGGGGGCCGAGGGUGUUCAUGGGGAGGGCGGCGGUGGGGGUUGAGUAG